AUGGAAGAAGGGAACAAUGUGACUGAGUUUGUCCUCUUGGGGCUCACUCAGAGUGUCCAGGGUCAGGAAAUAUUAUUAGUCGUGUUCUUGCUCACCUACACUAUGACAGCGGUCGGCAACCUACUCAUUGCCCUGACUGUGGUGUUCAGCGCGGCCCUCGAUGCCCCUAUGUACUCCUUUCUUGGCUACUUAUCGUGUAUGGAUACUCUUUAUUCUACUACGGUCACCCCAAAGAUGAUUGUAGACUUACUCUAUGAGAAGAAAACCAUUUCAUUUCGAGCUUGCAUGACCCAACUGUUUACAGAGCACUUAUUUGGCGGUGCUGAGAUUUUACUCCUGGUGGUCAUGGCCUAUGACCGCUAUGUGGCCAUCUGCAAGCCCUUGCAUUAUCUGACAAUCAUGAAUCAGCGAGUGUGUGUUCUGCUGCUGCUGUUGCCCUGGGCUGGUGGGUUUGUACAUGCUAUCGUUCAUAUACUCUUUGUUUACAACCUUCCCUUCUGUGGCCCCAAUGUCAUUGACCACUUCAUCUGUGACAUGUACCCCUUGUUAAAACUCGCAUGCACUGACACCCACAUUAUUGCCCUCACAGUGCUGGCCAAUGACGGGGUAAUAUGUGUGGUCCUCUUCACACUCUUGCUCAUCUCCUAUGGGGUCAUCCUGCGCUCCCUGAAGGAUCUCAGUCAGGAAGGGAGGCGCAAAGCCUUGUCCACCUGUGGCUCCCACAUCACUGUGGUGGUCCUCUUCUUCGUGCCCUGUAUUUUUCUGUAUGUGAGACCUCCUUCCACUUUGCCCAUUGAUAAAUACUUGGCAGUGUUUUACACCAUCGUCACCCCUAUGUUGAACCCUCUGAUCUAUACACUGAGAAAUGGAGAGAUGCAAAAUGCCAUAAAAAAGCUAUGGAUCAGAAAAAGAAAAUGA